AUGGCUGCGAAUUCGAAUUCGACUUCGAGUCCGAAUGCGGACAAUGCAAGGCCAAUGUUGCUUCCGGAGAUCGGACCCGACGGAGUUCCCCGAGAAUCUCCUAUUAUCGCCUACACGGAAAAGAUAAUAGAAGCAGAGCAACUACAAUUGAGAAAAUACAUUGAAGAAAAUUAUUCCAAGAUUCGUGAUGUUGAACGAGAAUUGGGAAAUCUUACAAUGGAAAUGAAGCUUACUUCUGGACCAAAGAAAGCUGCCCUUGAACACAUGCGAAAGAAAAUAGAAUUGUCAACUGAGAGAAUUCGGGUUGCCAAGCUGAAUGAAGAACAAGCACGACAGGCCUGGGAAGCAGCAUCGAAAGCUGUAAAGGAUGAAGAAGCAAUUAAACAGAAGCUUUGUGAAGACUUGAAUAAUCUGGUUCAGGAAAGUAGCCACACACAGUUUACUAGACUGGAAGAAUUGAAAAGGCGUCUGGAGGCUUUAAACCCGAGCAGAUCAUCCAUUCAUGCACCCUCUGAUGGGAAUCCAAGGGGACCAGCACAACAUAGUAUAACUCAGGAUACUUCCACAGUAAGUACAUCAGAACCAGCAACUGGACUGGCUAUUAUUACAUCCAGUCGAGGGAAUGUUCCCCAAACAAAUGGCCAGAACCAACAGCCUUCUCUUGAUGGUGACGGAAGAGGGAAGAAGAAAACUAUGAACCCCGGGAGAGGAAGGGGAAUAGGAGCAGGACUCAAAGGCAGAGGUUCAGCACCACCCGGGUGGACUGGGGCUGGCUUUGAUGUGGAUGGUAGAUAUUGA